GAAAUAGUAGAAAGCAAGGCCGUUAAAAUGAAAGAGAAUAAUUUAAUACAAAUCAUUCGAUUAUAUUUAAAGGAGCGAGAAGUAAGAAUAUUAACUACGAAAAAGAAUAGUAGAUUAAAAGCACCUCCUUAUUUGAUCUAUCAAAAAUUGAAAGAACAAUUUGUGCCCAAACCAGCGUAUUCUGAAAAAGAAUUCAGCAUAAACAUCAACAAUAAUAUACACAAACCCAAAUGUUAUAGAAAAAUUGUUGCAGUCGAUUUAAAAACGUCAACUGAUCUUUAUUUGAAACGAAUUCGUGGUUUAAUUCCGUCGCUUAAUCCUAAUUAUCCGCCACUUGAUCCUAAAAAUUUAUUGAAUACACCAAAUUUUGAAGCUGAAUUUGAUGAUGGAAUUUGGCAUGAAUACCUUAAAAAUGUGAAUCAAAUAUGCAAACAAGCAAAAAUAGAUUUGGAUUGGUUGGAAAUUUUAUCUACAUACAAUCAUGCAAAUUCUAUAAUUCAAAAAACCAAAGAAAUAAAAUUCGUAUUUGAUACUGACAGAGAAAAAAAACAAAUUACAAUGCUUAAAGAUUCCGUUCCAGUUUUAGCUUUAGAAGAGCAAGCCAAGAGGGCUGAAUUACAACGAAAGAAGAACUGUUUUAUUUUGAUGAAACUUUUGAUCGAAACAGCUGAAAAAGAAAAAAUUUCCAAUGAAGAUGUGCUUCAAAGAUUAAAAGGUGUUGGCUUUACGAUUCAUUAUUUGUCAAGAGUAAAAGAAAUAACAUUUAAUGAAUUAGUAAAUGCAAUUUUUGAUGAAAUUAAGAACGUAAAAAAAUAG